UGUACACAAGCGUGGCGGAUUUUUAUUUGUGGUAAAAUAGGCAGUGGUUUAACAAGUUGACCUUUAUACUGAUUCUAUAUCUCAAUAUGGCAUCCGACACAGUUGCUGGUACACAACUUCACUAUGGCGAUUUUAUCGUUAUUAUUGGAUAUUUUGUAUUUGUUCUGUUUAUUGGGCUUUGGUCCUCAAGGAAGAAUAGAGGCAGUGCAGGUGGUUAUUUCUUGGCUGGAAGAAAUAUGAAUUUCAUAUUGGUUGGAUCCUCAUUGUUUGCUAGUAAUAUCGGAAGUAUCCACUUUGUUGGCCUGGCAGGAUCUGGUGCUGCAUCAGGUAUCUCUGUUGGACUGUAUGAAAUUAAUGCUAUGUAUAUUUUGCUGAUAUUGGGAUACCUGUUUCUGCCAGUAUAUAUUUCUUCAGGGGUGUUUACAAUGCCAGAAUACAUGAAGAUGAGAUUUGGUGGAAAAAGAAUUCAGAUUUAUCUGGCUAUUUUGUCAUUGUUUGUGUACAUCUUCACCAAGAUUUCAGCAGAUUUGUAUGCAGGGGCUAUAUUCAUUGAGCAGUCUCUAAAGUGGGAUAUAUAUGCAUCUAUAACAUUGUUGUUAACUAUUGCUGCCAUCUUCACUAUAGCAGGUGGAUUAACAGCUGUGAUCUGGACAGAUUUUGUUCAGGCAAUUCUAAUGAUUAUAGGAGCUAUAGCAUUGAUGAUUUUGGCCUUUGCCAAGGUUGGUGGAUUGAGUGGUUUGAUAGAGAAAUAUCCCAAUGCCAUUGCUAAUCAAACCAUACCAAACACAACAUGUGGAUAUCCUAGGAAGGACUAUAUGAACUUGUGGAGAGACAACAAUGCAGACAUACCCUGGGCUGGAGUUAUUGGACUGUCAAUUAACUCCAUAUGGUAUUGGUGUUCAGAUCAGGUGAUUGUCCAGAGAGCAUUAGCAGCUAAGAACUUUGAUCAUGCCAAAGCAGGAACACUAUUCUGUGGUUAUCUUAAGAUCCUACCCCUGUUCCUGCUUAUUUUCCCAGGAAUGAUUGCCAGAAUUCUAUAUCCAGAUACUGUAGGAUGUGCCACACCUGAGACUUGUAUGGAAGUUUGUGGUAGUAGGUCAGGAUGUAGUAAUAUUGCCUAUCCUUCACUAGUCAUAGAUUUGAUGCCACCAGGAGCACGAGGCUUGAUGCUUGCUGUAAUGUUAGCUGCCCUGAUGUCCUCUCUAACUUCUAUAUUUAACAGUAGUUGUACUAUCUUUGCUUUGGAUAUCUGGUUACACAUUAGGAAGAAGGCAUCUGAGUUAGAGGUCAUGAUAAUUGGCAGGAUAUUUGUUGUGGUGUUAGUUGUUAUCAGUAUUGUCUGGAUUCCUGUUUUAAGAGCCUCAGAAGGUAGUGAACUGUUUGUGUACAUACAAGAAGUAUCCAGUUUUAUGCAACCUCCAAUAUGCUGUGUAUAUCUCCUGUCCAUUUUGUGGGAUAGAUUGAAUGAAUUGGGAGCAUUCUUUGGUUUGGUGUUAGGAAUGGUAGUCGGAUUGAUCCGGUUUAUUGUGGAAUAUUCCUACUCUGUACCAGAUUGUGGUGAUCCAACACAAGAUCCACGGCCAGCAUUUAUAUCAAAGUUUCACUACUUGUAUUUCUCCAUCUUUGUUUUUUGCCUGACAGGCAUUACAGCUAUUGUUAUCAGUUUGUUGACCAAACCUAUUGACAAACAAUGUCUAGAACGUUUGACCUGGAAGACUCGACACAGUAAACGUCCAAGACUUGACAUUGAUAAGGUAAUGAAUGAUGAACAGGAAUCCUCUGUUGAAAAUGAAAAUAAUGGUUCUGCUGAAAUGGAUGUUUUUAAAGAGAAAGACGCUAUAGGAAACGAGGAAACAAAAGAAGAUAUAACUGAUAACAGCAGUAUUGAUAUGAAAGAAAAAGAGGCAUUGAAUGAACAAAAUAUUGUCAGUCCAGUGGAAGUGGUGUUAGAGGAUAAACAUAAUGAAGUCACAUACAAUGAACAUAUCAGCGUAUUCAAGAGAAUAGCCUAUUGGUUAUGUGGGAUGGAUGAAAUGAGCAGAAGAUCUUUAGCUAGUCAUGGUGUUGUUCGACAAGAUAUGGUGUCAAUAAAAGAAAACAGAAGGUGGAAGAUUACAUCCAAUGUUUUAGCUGUAAUAUUAAUGGGUGUGGUUGUCUUUCAUUUUAUAUACUUUGCCUAAAUGUGCCAUACGUUUUACAAGCAUUUUAGUGUCAAUUCCAUAUUAUAUUAAAAUUAUAUUUAUUAUAAUUGGAGUUUAUUAAGAACUUGUCAUCUCACUCUAUUGGGCAGUUAAUUAUCUUUGCACACGGUCUAUGACGUCACAGUGCACAUUCAAUUCUAAUCUAAUUUUGCUACGUCAUUACUUCACACGAUGUUUGUGUAGGAUAUGUGUCUGCAAGUUAAACAUGAACUUCUAUUGUUUUGGUCAGCUCUUUGACAUAAAAAUGAUUAAAUCUAUAGUACCAUGGUACCAUGGACUUUGAAUCAUGCUAUCUGUAAUACUUAUACACGAAUCCUAAUUUUUAUGAAUCAUUGGAUGCACAAUUAUCCAUGAAUGUUGAUUAAGGUUGUGUAUCACGCUACUGAAUAGCAAAUUUAAGAUCAUCCUGUCUAUUAUUUUAAGUUAUAUCACAAGCUUUAAAAAUUAUAUAUUUACAAACAUGCUUAGAUUUUAAGAUUUAAAUAAUGUAAAGCUUUUAUAUGAAUUAUAUGUUAUUUCAUUAUAUUAUGAGUGAAGAUAGAGAUUUUAUAAUUUAAGAUUUAUAUUGAUAUACAUUUUUUGGUGUGCAUAAUAUACGAACGAAAUUUCAAUGUGCGGUGUGAGCUUUGAAAUUGUCCAUUUUAUGUUGGCAAGGAUUAUUUCCCUUGCAGUAAUUAUCUCUUACUAUUGCAUAAUUUUAAGAAAAUAUAUUAUGUUUUAAUCAAAAUUUGUUUAUAUUUAUGAUAAUACAUUUGUAAUACAUUUGUAAUUUAUGAUAUGAUAUGAUAAGUAAUUUAUUGAUUUUUACAUUUAUGAUAUACUUAUUAUACAUUAAUUAUUUAACAUAUCAUUUAAUCAUAGAAGUUAUUAUGUGCCAUUUGGCAAUUAUUUGGAUUUUUGGCAAUAACAGUUAUAUGUCUAUCUUAUUCAUCUGGUAUAGAAAAAUAUGCCCUGCUUAGGAUAGUAGAGGGGCAUUGUGUUUUCUGGUCUGUCCAUCUGUCCAUCUAUCAUUAUUUUGUCUGUUCGUACAUCAUGUAUCAUGUUAAAGUUUUUGGUUAAGGUAGUUUACCACCAAGUUGUGGUCACAUCAACAAAAAUCUUAGUACACAUGUUCAUUAUGAUGUGAACUUUUAAAAUUGUAUGCCAAAUUAUGGUUUUGACCUAGAUUUCAUGAUUCACUGAACAUGGAAAUAUUAUAUUGUGAAAUCAUGCCAUUCUCAGGUUUAAGUUUUUGGUUAAGGUUGUUUACUGUCAAGUUGUGGUCACAUCAACUUGAAACACACUACACAUAUUCAUUAUGAAGUGAACUGUUCAAACUACAUGCCAAAUUAGGGUAUUGACCUCAAUUUCAUUGUUCACUAAACAUAGAAAUAUAGUCUAAGGGCGGCAUGGUGUCCAUGGACACAGAUUCUUGUCUUAUGCUAUUUUAAUCACAAAUAACUCAUUUUUAUAAUACAAUUAUUAAUCUGUUAUUUAUUUAGUUUGAACAGUAUUAAUUGUGCUAUAAAAAUAAUGAAUGUUUUCAUUUUAAGUCAUCUGUGACCUAUCGGAAUCACUUAUUAUCACUUGUCCACCAUCCAUUGUCUGACAGUGUGUUAACUUUGUUUUAAAUCUCCUCUUCUGAAAUGACUGUGCAUAUCAGAGCCAAACUUGGUCAUAAUGGUUUACGGUAUCUAUUUCAAAAUUUGUCUAAAUGUUCCUGUCAAACAAAGAACAAGACUGCCAUACAACAUAAAAUGAAGGGGGAAAAAAAACCUGUCACAGACCAUUGCUAAGAAAUUUGUGAGAAAUAAUAUCAUGAAUACUUUUAUAGAUAGAAACUAUAUAAACAGCAAAAGUAAUCAUUGAUAUAUGAUCCUCAUGUGACAUUUGUCAUCUACUUGUCAUUUCUUUGGCUUAUAUUUGUAAUGUCUAGGUAACCUUCACUGUUCGUAGUUUCUUGACAUGGAAAAUAUAAAUAUUUUUGAUGACUUUUUAAACAAAAAGAAAGCAUUUUUUGAAGAUUAUCAAGAACAUGAAGUCUGCAUGUGAAUGAUUUAAACAAGAAUGUUAAAAGAUUCUUUAAGGAUGUUCGCUCCUCUUGUUUUUGAAUUUUUGCCAGAUUUUCGGAAUCCUCUGGUUUUAUCAAUGUUUUGCCAUUAAAUAAUUUUGUCCACUAACCCCUACUUUUCUUUUCAUAAUUUUAUUUCAUAUAGUUUUAAAAGCCAUGUUUUACCUUCCCAUGAAUAAAUGCACCUACUAGUACUAAUUAAUGCCCGUUACCUCAUUGUUUUCUUGUGACUGCUGUAAAUGAAAAAAAAUUAUAAAGUUUUUAUUUUUGCAGAAAUUGCAACAGGAUUGGUCAACUAAACAUAAAAGCUACAUUAUAUUAAAUUAUGAUAGCAUUAUUUGUUUGCAGCAUUUAUUAAAAUCACAAAAAUCAAUCACACAUUUUUGUCCAUUUUUCAAAAUUGCAAUAAUAAAUGCAUGCAAAAUAUAUUUACAGUAUAAUUAAUAACUGUUCCGUAAUUGAGAAGAACAUAAUCCACAGAAAGUAUAGUUCUCAAUUAAAUAUAUUUGAUUCAUACAUGCUAUGCAAAUUUUUCAGCACAUCAUGAUACUGCAGUUUCAUAUUGACACAAUAAUCGAUCAAAAUAACGUGUCAGCUUAAAACCUUGACAUUACCGGUACUAACAAUUUUGUGCAUCAAAAACAUUUUCUUUGACAGUGACUUGUUAUUCAAUGCACGGAAUACAUCCUCAGUUAGUCAUCAUUGUACAUAAUAUUUGUAAUUUUUAUACCUCAAUUGUUUAUACCUCAGAUGAAUUAUAAGUUUACAAAGCAAUCAUGAAGAAAA